UCUAUCUGUCACUGUCCUUCCAGUCCCAAAGAUUUGCUGCCUUGGACUUAUCCACCCACAUUUUCUACCCCAUCUAAUCCCCAUAAAUCAAUUCGUGAUCAAGGCUUGGGAAGUCUAUUAUGGUCUGAACCAAGGGUAGCAAACGACUGGGGCCCAUAUCUGGCCCAGGACUUCUUUUUGUAUGGUCUGUGAGCUAGGAAUGAUUUUUAUUUUAUUUUAAAUUGUAAAAAAUAAUCAUUCCGAGCUCAUCACCAUAUAAAAUCAGGCUGGCAGCUGGAUUCCCAGCUGCUGGGGGAAAUUAUAGUUGUUUCAGGUUUUUGCAGAGCUGUCCUUUAGAUGAAGAAACAGACUUUUAUUCUGCUUGGCUCCAUAGAGAAGAUAAGAGCAAAGAGAAAGAGCAUUUAUUGAGCACCUACUAUGUGCAAGUUCUACGCACUUUCACAAAUAUUAUCUCCUCGAUCCUUCACAACAACUCUGGGAGGUGGAUGUUGUAUUUUACGGUUAAAGGAACCAAGGUAGCUCCCCAUCCCAGGCAACCUCUAGGAACGUUUGGACAGCUUCCUCUGUACACCAGAGGAGGAUUCCUGUGGGAUCCAGGUCAGGCCCCUUCCAAACUCUCCAAUUCUGUGUUUCUACGAGCAUCAUCUCAGACACUCUUUCCAAAUGCAGCGUCAGGUACUCGGCAGAUAUUAAAUAGUUAAUUAGGAUAAUGAGGAUGAGCUAAACUCAGGAGGAAAUGGGCCUAUUCUGGAUCUAGGAAUUAGAGGCUAAAUCACUCAUGAGCCGCUAGAUGCAGUAGACCAAAAUGGUGGAGAGACAGAGACAGACAGACAGACACAGUGUGUGCUAAAAGGAGGCCCCUUCUAAAGAAAUGGGGGAAGCAGUGAUGGCGAAGGAGCUGAUGGGCACAGAGUUAGCAUUAUAUUAUAUAGGUAUGAGUAUAGCAUUAUCCCUAUUCUAGGGAUAACAGGCAGACUUUGUAGGAUUCCCUCGGAAAAGACAUUCACAGUAUGAACUCCCUCAGGUUUUGGGGGGAACAUAUUGGUUAUAUGGUGAUAAUACAUACUGGUCAGGCAUACGAAGGUGAAUGUGUUCACGAGAGACUAUGAGGAGAAAGAUUACUGUCUAUUUCCUAAUUUGAAAUCUUAAAGAAACAUUGGAGUUGGGGUGGUUCAAUCUGCUUCGUUUCAACCUGAGAGUUCAAAUGAUGUCCCUCGGGCAUCUCAAGGGCAGCCGUCAGAGUUCUCCGCUACGCUUCCCCAUUGUUGUCAAGGGCACCUCCAUUUUCUCCAAGCCUUCGCGCUUAACCGUCUCCUUCAUCCUCCCUACCCAAGGAGCGGCCCGAUCCUGCUGUUUCUCCCUCCGCAAUCGCUGACAUAGGAGCCGUCUCCAAGCACACAGCCACCACCUUAGCUCAGACCUUAAUGGCUUUUUGCCCAGAUUACUAGUACAGUCUCCUAUCUGAAUUCUCCCCUCCCACCCAGCUGCCAAAAGCAUUUCCCUUAAGUGGAGGACCAACCAAAUCAUCUCUCUACUCAGUAAAUUUCGGUGACUCCUUAUUGCUUCUUGGACCAAAGAGAAAUUCCUCUUUGGGGGCUAACAACCUGGUUCCAACCUAGCUAGGAAGCUAUUAGAAAGCUAAUAACCAGAACGUUAUUAACCCCCUUCCCUCACUCUCCAUUCUGGACAAACUGGUCUUCACUCACAUGGCCUCCCAUCCCCAUCACGCCAACGGGCAGAACAACUCCCCAUUCCUUGAGAUAUUCCUUCCUCAACGUAAUAGGGUUUCCAGGAUUGGCCAGGGGUCAGAAAAAGGCUCUCCAGUCCCCAGCCCUACCCAACCCUUCCCACGCAAAUAACUACUAGUUGACUUAUGUUGUCCUAAGGGCUUGUUUGGCAGGGAGGUGGUAACAGAGCCUAGAAUUAAAUCCAUCUUCUGACACUUCCUAGCUGGGUGAUCCUGAGCAAGUCACUUCCCCCUGUCUGCCUCAGUUUCCUCAUCUGUUAAGUGAGCUGGAGGAGGAAAUUGACCAACCCCUCCUGUAUCCCUGCCAAGAAAAACGCCAAUGAGGGUCACUAAGAGUCAGACAGGACUUCAUAACAACAAGGGCCUGGAAGGAAAGGAAGGGCGGGGUGCUUUUCCUUCAACUCCCUUAAGGAUAUACACUGCAAUUCUGACUGCAGAAUGCUGAUUCACCCAUCCAAUCCCUCCAUAUGAAGGCAGUUCAGUAUGAGACCCGCUGAUGAAGUCCAAGAGAGGGGCCGGCUGGGCUUUAAGAGCCCCUCCCGGCUGUCCUCUUCCAUCUCAUUUUUUCCUUACCUUCAUGACUGAGAUAACCUCAUUUUAAUGAGCCUCUAUUUAUAUUUAUCCAUAAGCAGGCCUAUCUUGAAGAGGGAAAGCUCAAAGCAGAGAAGGUUCAAUCACCCUCCAUCUACAGAAAACGUUCCAUUAUCACUGCAUUUUUUAUUAAGGUAAAGAGGUUUCCCUACUGGGUACCAAAAGCCAUUUGCCCCGUUAUUGUAUAAAUAUUUGAUGGCUUUCUUUUUGGCAAAAUGCCACCUGGCCUUUUUGAGCCAAGGAUUUACAAGAAGGGUGUGAAGAAAGGAGAUUUCCCAUUUUAACUCGAGAAGUGUGGUCUUCCAGGGGAAGGCUCUCCCUUUUGUAGCCCCAGCAAUAUUCAGUCUUUCCAUCUCCAGAGCUAAUGGUGGGGCGGACCUCUGUGCUAUUGUGCUUCUAAGAACCACGUGAGCUCUUUGAUACGUGGUCAAUGCACUAAGGCUUUUGUAGAUAUAAGUGUGUGCUGGGUUUUGUUGUUGCUUUUUAAUAUCACUCCCUCUCUAAUGAAUUCAGGUCACCAGAAAUGUUUACAUGGCGGGGCGAAAGAUGGAAUGGAUUUCCUUAAUUCUCGGGAAGCCUCCUUUGCCAUCCCGUUCCUCCAUCCUUCGUGAUUGAGUUGAUGACAAUACGGAGCCAUAAUCCGGCUGCACCCUGAUUACAGGGACGACACAAACCAAACCAAGUGCAAAAUAGUUGUCAUAUCAACUCGUAAUUUCCUUGCAAAUGUAAUCACCGUUCAACUGAUUCCUGAGAAUGGGACCAGGUUGCCUGCCAAUUACUCGCUAACAGCUAACAGCUCAGGCAUUACCGAGGAGGUAAAGAAAAAGCCAGAUCCCACCUACUUCUGCCUCUCUAUUUCUCAGUACCUGUUCUUCUUUACCUUGUGCUUUCUAAUUCCAGAAUCUUUAGUCUCCUACAUUAAGAUCCUUAAGGGCAGGGGCAGUGGCUUUUCCCCCCUUUGUUGUUUUCUUCCUUCCCUUUUUUUCCUUUCCUCCCUUCUUUCAUUCUUUUGUUCCUUCUUUCCUUUUGUUCUUUCUUUUCCUUCUUUCUUUUUACUCCUGCCCUUUCUUUUUCUCCUUUUUCAUCCUUCUUUUUUCUUAGUCUUCCUUUCCAUCUCCCCUCCUUCCUUCUUUCUCUCUUCCUUUUCUUUCUCUUUCCUUUCCUUCCUUCUCUUUUUGCUUUCCUUCAUUUUUCAUUCUUUUGUUCUUUCUUUCCUUCUUUCUUUCUCUUUAUUUUCUCUUUUCUUUCCCUUUUUCUUAGUCUUCUUUUCCCUUCUAUCUCCCCCCUCCUUCCUUCUUUUUCUCUUCCUUUUCUUUCUCUUUCCUUUCCUUCCUUCUCUUUUUUCUUUCUUUCCUUCCUUCUUUUUUCUUUCUCUUCUCUUUAUUUUCUCUUCUUUCAACCUUUUUCUCAGACUUCCUUUCCUUUCUACCUCUCCCUUUCCCUCCUUUCUUUUCUCUCUUCUGUCCUUUCCUAGCUCCUCCCACACUGCUAGCAUUUUCCUACUGAUUACUAUCUAUCUAUCUGUCUAUCUAUAUCUUUUUAUAUCUUCCCAUCAUCUAUCCAUCUACCAUCUAUUGAGCUAAGGCCAUCUUUGGUCAUCCUGACCUAUUUUUGCCAUUGCACCCAGAUGGCUCUAGAGGAGAAACUGAGGCCGCUGACUUGCCCAGCUCUCCCUCACGCAAAUCCAAUUCACUUGCAUGCCAUGGCAUCGCCUCCCUGAUGUCAGGGUCCUCUUCGAGAAUGAAGGACAAACAACCACAAAAACUACUAUCAUCUACCUAUCCAACCAUCUAUCUUUCAGUCUAUCUCUUUUAUAUUCUCCAUCCAUUAUCUACUUUUCUAUUAUCAUCUAUCCAUCCAUCUACCCUGUCUAUUAUAAUCCAUCCAUCCAUCUAGCCUAUCUUUCUAAUCUAUCUGCCCAUCCAUCUAUCUAUUGUCUGCUAUGUGUUUUUUCUUUCUUUCUUUCUUUCUUUCUUUCUUUCUUUCUUUCUUUCUUUCUUUCUUUCUUUCUUUCUUUCUUUCUUUCUUUCUUUCUUUCUUUCUUUCUUUCUUUCUUUCUUUCUUUCUUCCUUCCUUCCUUCCUUCCUUCCUUCCUUCCUUCCUUCCUUCCUUCCUUCCUUCCUUCCUUCCUUCCUUCCUUCCUUCCUUCCUUCCUUCCUUCCUUUCUUUCUUUCUUUCUUUCUUUCCUUCCUUCCUUCUUUCUUUCUCUCUUUCUCUCUCUUUCUUUUUCUUUAUUUCUAGCAUGUACAUUUUCAUGAGAGUAAGCUUCUUGAGGGCAGAGACUAUGUUUCUGGCCUUUCUUUGCAUCCCCAGCACUAACAUGGUUCCCGACACAUAGUGAGCUCUUAUCCACAGCUUACUGACUGACCGAGCGAUCUUUGGAAUGUACAGUGAUUCUAUAGUUUUAUUUUGGGGAGGAUGAAUGUGAAAUAAAGACUCAAUAAUUAUGUUUCUCUGGACUACCAACAGCUUUCAGACACAUUUCUAGCUGUUCCAGGUUGAUUCACUGGGACACUAAUUAUCUCAUUAGGAACCAUCUCACAACUGGAGUGUGAGUUACAUGAACAUAUUAUGAUUAAUUUUUCUUUUUUUUUUUUCCAAAUUUGGGGAAAGGACAUUCUGUACAUUAUUAUUCUGAAAUCUCAAAGCAGCGGCUACGGCAGAGUUGGGAAGGUAAGAAAGAGAAGAUCUGAGCUUGAAUUCAAGGUUCCAUCAUUUAUGAAUCAAGUGACAUUGGAGGGCUACAUUCUCUUAUGAAUGAACAGGAUCUUGAAGGCUUUUUAUUGAUGAGAAAGAAAGAGACAGAAAUAGAGACAGAGACAGACACAGAGAGACAGACAUAGAAGAAGAAACAAAGGGAGAGAGAGGCAGGCAAGGAAGAUCCCCACUCCAAACAGAAUAAUGUUCUCCAAACAGAGAAACAAGAAGUAUUUAUAUAGCACUUCAAGGUUUGCAAAGUAUUUUAUAAAUGUAUUAUUUAUCCUCAAAAACAUCCUUGGGUGCUAUUAUUAUCCCCAUUUUGCAGCUGAGCAAACUGAGGCAUAAAGAUUUCAUGGCUUCUCACAGAUGAAUGUGUCGUAGCCUGCCUUUGAACUCAGGUCUUCCUCAGGCCCAGGGCUCUACCCACCCCACCUCUGAGCUGCCUCAUCUUAUUUGAUUCUCACUUCACUCCUGUAAGAUGAGCACAACUAUUAUCCUCAUUUCACAAAGGAGGAAUUUGAGACCAAGAUCUCCCACUGCAUCCAGGUCCAUAUCCAACCAUCCUGAUCUAUCUCUGGCCACUGGAUGCAGAUGACUCUGCAUCAAAUCCAAUUCACUUGUAUGUCAUGGCACUGCCUCCCUGAUACUGGUGGAUGGAAUAUACACAGCACUACGGGCGGAUGAAAUGUACAUAGCAAGGAGGGUGGAUGAAAUGCAGCCAGCACUACAGACGGACGAAAUGCACCCAGCACUGCAGGCAGAUGAAAUGUACAUAGCAAGGAGGGCAGACAAAAUGUACCCAGCACUGCGGGCGGACGAAAUGCACCCAGCACUGCGAGCGGACAAAAUGCACCCAGCACUGCGGGCGGACGAAAUGCACCCAGCACCGCGAGCGGACAAAAUGCACCCAGCACUGCGGGCGGACGAAAUGCACCCAGCACUGCAGGCAGAUGAAAUGUACAUAGCAAGGAGGGUGGAUGAAAUGCAGCCAGCACUGCGGGCAGAUGAAAUGCACCCAGCACUGCAGGCAGAUGAAAUGUACAUAGCAAGGAGGGCAGACAAAAUGUACCCAGCACUGCGGGCGGACGAAAUGCACCCAGCACUGCGAGCGGACAAAAUGCACCCAGCACUGCGGGCGGACGAAAUGCACCCAGCACCGCGAGCGGACAAAAUGCACCCAGCACUGCGGGCGGACGAAAUGCACCCAGCACUGCAGGCAGAUGAAAUGUACAUAGCAAGGAGGGUGGAUGAAAUGCAGCCAGCACUGCGGGCAGAUGAAAUGCACCCAGCACUGCAGGCAGAUGAAAUGUACAUAGCAAGGAGGGCAGACAAAAUGUACCCAGCACUGCGGGCAGACAAAAUGCACCCAGCACUGCAGGCAGAUGAAAUGUACAUAGCAAGGAGGGCAGACAAAAUGUACCCAGCACUGCGGGCAGACAAAAUGCACCCAGCACUGCAGGCAGAUGAAAUGUACAUAGCAAGGAGGGCAGACAAAAUGUACCCAGCACUGCGGGCAGACAAAAUGCACCCAGCACUGCAGGCAGAUGAAAAGUACAUAGCAAAGAGGGCAGACAAAAUGUACCCAGCGCUGCGGGCAGACAAAAUGCACCUAGUAUUGUGGGCAGAUGAAAUGUACCCAACACAACGGGCGGGUGAAAUGUACCCAGCACAGUGGGUGGAUGAAAUGCACCCAUCACUGCAGGAGGAUGAAAUAUACCUACCCAGCACUGAGGGUGGAUGAAAUGUAUUCAGUGCAGCAGGCAGGUGAAAUGCACCUAUCACUGCAGGGGAAUGAAAUGUACCUACCCAGCACAGUGGGCGGAUGAAAUGCACCCAUCACUGCGGGAGGAUGAAAUGUACCCAGCACAGUGUGUGGGUGAAAUGUACCUACUGCUGCAGGCGGGCACACGCUCCUCUGGGAACCAGGAAGUUCAGAGUUCGAAUCCUACCUCACUUGUUACUUGUGCGAGCCUGAGUGAUCCGGCCUCUCUUAGAAGGGGUGUGUGUGAUAACAAAAGCAUCUGUUUCAUACGGUAAUCAUCAUGAGAACUGAAUGAGGGAACGUAUGUAAAGUGUUUUGCACACUUUAAAGCACAGUAUAAAUGCUUACUAUUAUUGCUACUGCUAGGGACAAGUUUCAGAAGGAAAAAACUUUGGAAUUGAAAGUUUCUGCCCCAGGAACUUUUUUUAGUUUGAGGCAGAAUGUGUGAUAGAGAAGCAAUGAAGUUAGUGCACAGAAGUGAUGCCAGAAAGACCCGAGUUCAAAUUCAAUACAUAAGACGUGAAAUCUGGGGCAAGGCCUGUUACAUGUGUGGACGUUGAUUUUCUCCUUCUGAAAAAUGGGGAUAAUAACAGUUCACAGGAUUCUGAUGAGAUGAUGUCUACGAAGUCUUUGCUAACCUUUAAAACCCUGGGGGACUCUUGGUUUUAUGUGCCGCCUUACUGAUCAGAACUUUUGUGAUUAUGCUAGAUUUUGGCUCCUCCAUAUAUUAAAUACAAUAUGGCACCAUCAAUUUUCUAGGCGGGUUCCUCUGAGCUCAGGCUUUGUCUGAACUAAGGGAAAUCAGAAGUGUAAGAGAACCAUGAAAGGUCAGAGCUAACAGGAACAUCCACGUUGCUGCCUAAGGAGUUUUGGAGCCGAAGCGGCCCUUAAGGUCAUUUAGUGCAUUUUUCUCUUUUUAUAGAUGAGUAAACUAAGACAUAAACGCUCGGCUUAAGGUCACAGAAAUGGAAGAGUGAAGUGUUCACACGCCAACCUGAAAGGUAAAACUGUUCUUUACAAUCUUUUUGGGUUGAUACCCCACAAUGAACAGAGAGAACAAUUCAGCUUGACCAGGCACCUGGGACCAUUUUUCUGACCCUGCACGUUUCCCUACCGGCUCUGAGUCAAAGCCGCCAUGCUUUAUAAAAACCAACUAGAGAAAGGCACUCUGUGGUGGGUUUAAAAUGCACUGGAUUCAAUCAGAUCCAGGCUUCAGGGUGUACGAACAUGCCAGCUGAACCCCAAGAAUCUGGGUCGUUCAAUUUCUUCUCCUGCUUUUAAUUCCAGGGUGCUGCCACUGCUACCGCAAGCUGUAAUAGUGUCUACAAACAAUUUGCACUUCCAGAACUGCAUGAUCCCAGGGGGUAAUUAACAAGCACAGGGAAUAAUCUUCCUUAAAAGCCUUUCAAAGCAACCCAGGGCCCACGCUGCCAUCAAUGCAAUCUAGUCACUCAUGUGUCGCUGUCAUUUUGGAGACACCUGUGCAGCUCCGGGAGGAGUUCACACUGAGCGAGGUCUUGGGCUUCAAGGGAAGUUGCCUGGAACGUGUUAAUUAGAAAUAAAACUCAGAGCAUUUGCUGACUUGCAAAGGUAUUUGCUCAGCAAGCACACUCGGAAUGAAAAGAAAGGCUGUGUUGCCAAAUGGGGA